UACCCAGGACCGCACUUUCAUCCAGGUCGCGUCUCUGCCAUCACGACAAAAAAAGUUCACAUGUGAUAUUAAUCUGUUAAAAAAAGUAAAUGUGACAGUUCGUUUUUUGAAUUUAAAUUUCGAAUUUUUGCGAUCGAAAUGAAGUGGGUUUUUUAUGUGAUCGUUUUCGUGUAUAUGCUGUAUAGGACAGUGUAUGGUCUAAAACCAGUGGAAAACAGUUUGAUGGUGGAACCUGUCACAUAUGGAGAUGACGAUUUUUUGAAAGUUGGGGGACAUAAAACUAUUAGCUGUAAGGCAUCGAAUCGAAAUCAAAAGGUAGAAUGGAUAGACCCAAAUGGCCAUACAGUGAAACGAAUCCCGGGCAGUCGGAUAUUUUCCCAAGAACAUUUUGUUCCUGCAAUGAGGGGUAGAGCACCAGCUCUUGUUCUGACCGUCACCAAGGCAGAGGUGGAGGAUACAGGAGUGUACCAGUGCAAGUCCGGAGAUCUGGUGAAGAAUGUCACUUUGUGUGUUAUAGCACCAUCAUACUUCGCAGACACAAUACCUGAAGUGAGCGCAGACAUGGGGCGCUCCAUUACGUUGUCCUGCCAAGCGAAAGGAGAACCUGAACCAAGAAUCACUUGGUACAGGAACGGAGAAGUUAUUAAUGAUGAAGAUAAUUCCGAGAAGUACAAGGUGAUGACGAAGUACAACAUCCAGGGUUUCGAAGGUCUCCUCACCAUCAUUUCGUUGGAGCCAGAGGACGGUGGCGUUUACUCCUGCCAGAGCAUCCAGGAGACUGCAGAUGUCGAGGACUGUAGCCAUACCACGAGUUUCAAUAUAACUUUGAAUGUUAAUUAUGCUCCUAUAUUCGAGGAAGGGAAUAAAACCAAAUCAGUUUACGGCAAGAAUAAUCAAGAAGUGGACAUAGUUUGUUCUGCGGACAGUUACCCAGCAGCCACGUACAGAUGGUUCAAAGACUUGACAGACGAUGUUUUGUACGAGUUUGAUAAAAAACAAAUAAAACUCUCCGAGGACGGCUCCAAGGCGAUACUGACAGUAGUGGCUAACCAAUCCACGUUUUGGCAACGAUACAAAUGUCAAGCAAGCAACGAUUUCGGAGUUUCUGAGAAAUAUUUCACUCUAAUGAAAAUGGAGAAACCGAAGAGGCCCAGUGAAGUUAAUGUAUUUAAUGCUACAUCAGACGCGCUAUAUUUGAACGUGACGUGGUAUGAUGACAUACAGUUCCCAAUUAGUGCGUUCCAAAUCCAAUACACAACUGAGGAAACUAAUAAGAAGAAGUUCCUUCCACCGCGAGAAGCCACCUGGAGGAGAAGCAAACAGACUGAAGUCAAACUGGAAGAAGAUGAGACGAUCGACCCUGAAGUUGGAGGUAUCAUAAUCCCACUAGAAGAAUUGGAGGCCGAAACUGCCUAUUGGAUCCGUUUGAGAGUGACGAACGAGGUUGGAGAAUCGAUCUGGUCGGAUCCUAUCCUUGUGUCCACUACCGUCGAAUCUGAAGAAGCAACUACCACAGAGGCUCCAGAAUCGGAACCAGAAGUUGCUGACAACACAGAAUCUAUGAAUGAUGCAACUUUCUAUGGCAUAUUCUUUGCUGGAGGUAUCUUUGUGGUGUCUUUCGUCUGUAUGUUCGCCAUGAGAUUGGUUAAAUAGUUUCCAAGUUCAAAAUUGUAUUUAUUUAUUUAUUGUUUGUUAUGAAAUCUUAUUGUAUUGUUUAUUUCAUAGUAUUUGGUUUUAAGAGAUUGUAUUUUCAUUUGCAUUGUAAAUACAUUUUUUCAGUCAAUAAAGUGUAGUUUGCAGCUGUUUUGUUAUUAA